AUGUUUCAUGUCCGACAUCGAGUCCGAUUGCCUACCGGGUUCCCCGGCCGCUCUUCUCGGGGACCUCGUUCCCCCCUCUACAUCUUCCCCAUUUCGCCGCAGCACCCGCCUGACCUCACGUCCUACGCCCUUCUCCCGUUUCCUUCCUCCGAUCCAGAGGCAUCGCCUUGGUCGCCGGCCUGCGCGAGUCGCCUCUGCGACUUCCUCCUCAAACUACCCCCUCACCCCCACCGACCGGCAGGAAGAGAACCAGCAAGUCCGCCGCCCCUCCUGCUAAACGCCACAGGGGCCGCCCCCCCCUUCCCAGCCGGCCUCCCACUCACCGAGCCCUUCCCCUCCUCCGGCUCCCGUUCCUUCCUCCCACGCUCCGGUCACGACGCCGGAAGUUCCCGGGCCGUCUUCAUGACCACGCUCUUCACUUUUGGUCCAAACCUCCUCACGUCCUCACUCAUCUCCUCCAUGGAUUCUCUCCAGCGUUCCAUAUCCUCUCUAUCAGCUCUUCUCCACCGCGGGAUUCCAGACGCCGUCAACCCCUCCACGGCUCCCUCCACUUCCGCUCUCGCCUCUCUUCAUCCCGCCCCUCAAGCUCUACUCACGGCUUCCACCCUCGCCACUGCCCGUCCCGCACCCCUUCUAGGCAUGCCCUACACGCCUCGGUGCGCUAAUGUCUCUCCGAGACUCCGCGCUAAGAUUCUCCAGGGGCAAUACAUCAAUCUAGCCACCAUCCUCUUACCCUCCCCCGAAGUCGAUCAAAGCGUGGCUACAGAUGUCAUCUGCACUCUCUACCCCGAACGCCGCAUCGAACUCGACGCUUAUCUGGCCUUAAUCACCGACCUGCACAUUCAAUAUGGCCGAUCAUUAUUCUAUCAAUAUCACAAAGCCUUCGCUUCCAAAGCCGCUGCCGUCCUGUCCCAUUCUGGUCAGUCUCUCAACUGGUCCAUUCUGGACAUGGAAAUCCUCAUCAUGCUUACACAAUCCAUCCCAUGUUUUCAGUGCGGCUCCCCUCUCCUGCCUUCCUCAACCCGCGACCGCUACGGGCGGGAAGUGAAGUCUCUGCAGGGACCCCCAUCCAAAGUCCGUCUGUCCCCGCCGCCCAUUCCCAGGCAGAAGCAAACGGGAUUCCAGAAAUUAGUCUCCCUUUACCUCCGCACUCCCAUCCUCACCAUCGAACUAGCCAACCUCCUCCAACGACAUCCCGAUCGCACUUUCUCUCUCAGCUGCUCUCUAAGGAACUGUCUAAGGGUCACGUCAUCGGCCCUUUUGAUUCCCCCCCCAUUUCCAGUUUUUCGCAUUAAUCCUUUAGGCGUUGCUACUCGGAAAUAUUCAGGCAAGAAACGCCUCAUCUUGGACCUCGCAGCUCCCCAUUCCGGCCCUCACCCCAGCAUUAACAGUCUCAUCCCGAAGCCUCCCUUCUCCCUUUUUUACGCCACCGUGGAUCACGCUUUCUCACUUAUUAAAAGCACCGGACGAGGCGCCUGGUUGGCAAAAGCCGACAUCACAGACGCUUUUAAGAUCAUGCUGGAUGAUGAUCUUAAGCGUGGUGCCACCUCCCAGUGGCACCUGCAAGGUGCUAAGUGGGAUGACAAAUUCUAUUUCUUUGUGCGUCUGACUUUCGGAUGUAGGAGCAGUCCUGGUCUCUUUAACAUGCUAUCCGAAGCGCUUUGCUGGAUCCUCCUCAACGUCACCAAGCUUCCCUCCGUGCUUCACCUCCUCGAUGACUUUCUCCUUAUCGACCCACCUUCCCACCCCUCCCACUCACUUCAGAAGCUAAAGGACCUUUUCACGCAGGUCGGUGUCCCUCUCUCCGAGGACAAAACUGCCGGUCCAUCUACCGUGAUGGAAUUUCUCGGCAUCUCCCUGGACUCUGAGAAGAUGUUAGCAUCCCUGCCAACCAACAAGCUAGCCCAUAUACGUGAGACAGCUCAAGCCCACCUUUCAUCCUCCAUAAUUACCAAACGCCAGCUCUUAUCCCUGCUCGAACACCUCAAUUUCGCCAUGCGUAUAAUUCCCCAGGGGCGCUCAUUCAUCUCCCGGCUGCUCGACCUCACAAACUCGGUCCCUUCCCUGCUAGACCAGGUCUCUCUAGACGACGGAUGUCGCUCCGAUCUUCACUUUUGGUCCAAACUGCUCAACCACUGGAAUGGCAUCUCAUUCUUUUACGACGACAUCGUUCUCUCUGCCGCUUCCAUUCAGUUUUACACUGACACCGCCCCGUCAGCAGGUUACGGCAGGUUCUUCCAAGGCCAGUGGUUCGCAGAAAAGUGGCCCACCUCGUUCCUGCAGUCAGAGUCCUCCGCCUUUUACGAAAUCAUCCCCAUCGCAGCCGCUUGCUGCCUUUGGAGAAGCUCAUUGGAACGCAAGCGCAUCGUAGCCAUGUGCGACAACGCAGCAGUCGUCGAUGCCAUUAACAAAGGCCGAUCCUCCUCUCCCUCUAUCAUGCCUUUUCUUCGUCGCAUCACCUGGCAGUCUGUGAUUCACAAUUUCAUCUUAACCUCCCGCCACGUCCCAGGCUAUUCUAAUUCUAUUGCCGAUUCUCUCUCUCGUGUCCAAUUUUAAAUCUUCCGUGGGCACCUCUGUCCUUCAGCCAACCCUCUCCCGAUCCCG